CCAAAAGGGACUCGCCGUCGCCACCAGCAGCAUCUCUGGUGAUGCCAAGGCGCGGUUGCAAGGGCUAAAUUCAGGGUCAGGAUCACAGCCAAGCACCAUGGCGACUGCCUCCCCGACAGCUGCUGUGGUGACAGCCACGGUGGUGACCACAGCAGCGGCGAUGGACUUGCGAGAUUGGCUCUUCCUCUGCUAUGGCCUGGUUGCCUUCCUGAGUGAGGUGAUUGACAGCACCACCUGCCCAUCAGUCUGCCGCUGUGACAAUGGCUUCAUCUACUGCAACGACCGGGGCUUGACUUCCAUUCCGCCUGACAUCCCGGAUGAUGCCACCACCCUAUACCUGCAGAACAAUCAGAUCAACAACGCUGGCAUCCCCCCUAACCUGAAGAACAAACUCAAUGUUCAGGUCAUCUACCUCUAUGAAAAUGACCUAGAUGAAUUCCCCAUCAACCUGCCUCGUUCCCUGAAGGAACUUCACCUCCAGGACAACAAUGUCCGCACCAUCGCUCGGGACUCCUUGGCCCGCAUCCCUCUACUAGAGAAGUUGCAUCUGGACGACAACUCUGUUUCCACUGUCAGCAUCGAAGACGACGCCUUCGCCGACAGCACGCGCCUCAAGCUGCUUUUCCUCUCACGCAACCACCUUAGCAGCAUCCCGUCCGGCCUGCCACGCACCCUGGAAGAACUGCGUUUGGAUGACAACCGCAUCUCUACCAUCCCUCUCCACGCAUUCAAGGGGCUUAACAGCUUGCGGCGGCUGGUGCUGGACGGCAACCUCUUGGCCAACCAGCGCAUUGCCGAUGACACCUUCAGCCGCCUGCAGAACCUCAGCGAGCUCUCGCUGGUGCGCAACUCCUUGGCCGCCCCACCUCUCAAUCUGCCCAGUGCCCAUCUGCAGAAGCUGUACCUCCAAGACAAUGCUAUCAGUCACAUCCCCUACAACACUCUUUCCAAGAUGAGGGAGUUGGAGAGGCUGGACCUAUCCAACAACAACCUUACCACGCUACCCAAAGGUCUCUUUGACGACCUUGACAGCCUCUCUCAGCUCCUGCUGAGGAACAACCCCUGGUACUGCGGCUGUAACCUCAUGUGGUUGCGGGACUGGGUCAAAGCCCGUGCUGCUGUGGUGAAUGUGAGGGGGCUGAUGUGCCAGGGCCCCGAUAAGGUCAGGGGCAUGGCCAUCAAGGACAUAACUAACGAGAUGGAUGAGUGCUUCGAGGCAGGCCAGCAGAGCAAUUCAGGUCCGGCAGUGGCCAAGACGACUGCCAGCAACGCCGCCGUUACAACCCCGCAGGGCUCCCUUUUCACCCUCAAGGCCAGAAGGCCGGGCAUCCAGUUGCCGGACUCCAACAUAGACUACCCAAUGGCCACAGGAGCUGGGGCCAAAGCGCUGGUUCUGAACGUCAAGCCGUUGACUGCCGACAGCAUCCGCAUCAGCUGGAAGGCGAUGUUUCCGGCAGCCUCUUUCCGCCUCAGCUGGCUGCGCCUGGGACACAGCCCGGCUGUGGGGUCCAUCACAGAAACUUUGGUGCAAGGCGACAAGACUGAGUAUUUGCUGACAGCCUUGGAGCCCAAGUCCACCUACAUCAUCUGCAUGGUCACCAUGGAGACUGGCAGCACUUACGUGCCCGACGAGACCCCGGUGUGCGCCAAGGCCGAGACGGCAGACAUGUACAGCCCUACCACCACACUCAACCAUGAGCAAAACGUGGACCCGAUGGCUGGGCUGCCACUGGCAGGGAUCAUUGGCGGGGCUGUGGCCUUGGUCUUCCUCUUUCUGGUGCUGGCUGCCAUUUGCUGGUACAUCCACCGGACGGGAGAGCUGCUGACGCGAGACCGGGCUUGUAGCAGAGGCAGUCGGAAGAAAGACGACUACAUGGAGUCAGGCACCAAGAAGGAUAACUCCAUCCUGGAGAUCAGAGGUCCUGGUUUGCAGAUGUUACCGAUAAAUCCUCACCGGGCAAAGGAGGAAUACGUCAUCCAUACCAUAUUCCCUUCCAAUGGAACCAGUCUUUACAAAAGUACCCACACCAUCGGCUACGGCACAACUCGUGGGUAUAGAGACGGCGGAAUCCCAGAUAUAGACUACUCAUAUACAUGAUGCAGAAUUCCCUCCCUCCCACAAACAUCCCCCCACCCAAACUCUUCCCUGUUUUUGCCCCCUCCUCAUCACACACCCCAGGUUUUUUGCCAAGACGGAAAAAUUGCAACGCAAAAACAAACAAACAAAUGCAAACUAUUUUCCAAGCAGAACCAGGUGGAACAAAAGGGAGGGGAGGGGAAGGAAAUUUUACAACAAAAAAAAUUGCCUAUUUUGUAGAAAAAAAAUACAAAAGUUUUAAAAAAGUAGACCUGGAGAGGAAAGAGACAUAAUUUAUAUUUAAUAUGCCAGAUUUAAGGAAGGGAGGGGAAAGAAAACCAACUCAGACCAUCAAGGAACAUUGGGUUUGUUUUCCUAUGGGUGGAGGGAGGCAGGGGGAAGACCUGGAAAAGAAAAGAGAAAGCUAAGCAGAAAAACAAAAACAAAAAUGCUACCUGUUUUAUCUUU